AUGAAGUCGACAACGCUGAAUCUCGCUCGGUCCCAAGCAGCUACGAGCAAUGACCUGCCAGAGAAUGUAGGAAGACACGUGAAACGAGUAGAUGCAGCAUUGCCAGGAAAGCAUACUCGACAGCUGUAUGAUCGAUUAUCGUGGAAGGAAGCGAGCGUGCUGGCCCAACUCCGGACUGGCAUGGCCAGACUCAAUGGCUAUCUCUAUCGGAUCAACGCUGCAGAUACCGAUCAGUGUGCAUGUGGACAAGCAAGAGAGACCGUGGAACACUUCCUCUUUCGAUGUCGGAAGUGGACCACACAACGAAUAGCACUGCUGCAAUGCAGCCAAACUCACCGGGGCAAUCUCUCCUUCUUCCUGGGCGGAAAAUCACCCUCCGAUAAUCAGCAAUGGACACCGAACUUGGAAGCUGUGCGAGCCUCAAUACGAUUCGCAAUCACCACGGGCCGACUUGACGCCACUUAA